AUGCCGCCCGUAGCCCUGCGCGACUACCAGUCCGCAGCUGUGGAGGAAGCCGCCCAGCGGAACCUGCUCGUCGUCCUGCCGACGAACGCUGGCAAGACGAUCAUCUCGGCCAAGGUGAUUGAGAACGUCCUCUACGCCGAGAACGAGCGGGGCAGCGGCAAGAAGAUUGUCUUCCUCGCGCCGGGGCGGGCGCUGGCCGUGCAGCAGGCGCGCGUGCUCGAGGAGCAGAUCGGGCCGCUGCAGGAGGAGCCGACGAGCGUGGGCGGCGCUGCGUGGCGGCUCGGCCUGGUUGUCGGCAUGGGUGGUCUCGGCCUGCGGGAGGCGGUCCGCUCGCGCCAGGCGCCAGCAACGCCGCCGCGGCGCGACGGGACCACCUCUCCGCGGCUUCAUCUCGGCUGUGCCGCGGCUCUAGGCGCCUGCGACACGCUGCGGCGGUGUGAGGGAAGCAGCACUCUGUUCACGGGUGAAGGCGACGCGCGACAGGUGCUUGUGAUGACGCCGCAGCUCUUCGAGAAGGCGCUCAUCCACGCGAUGCUGCGGAUGGAGGGCGUCGCCCUGCUGGCCACCUCCUGGAACGACCGGUACGCCACCAUCAUGAAGUACUUCUACCUGCCGUGCGGCGAGCGGCCUCGCGUCCUUGCCCUCACCGCCUCGCCGGCGCACAUGGUCGAGCCGGACGCUGCCACGUUCCGUACAGAGCUCGCGGAGCUAGAGGGGCGACUCGACUGCGCGGCGUGGUCACGGAGAGUUCCACCCACGGUCGUCCCGCACGCGCUGCCGCAGCUGCUGCCCUUCGGCCGCGCUGCAGCGCCGAGCGAGCUGGUCGACGGCGUGAGGCGGGCGCGGGUAUGGGACGACGGCACGACGGCGGAGGCGGAGGAAGACAUGGCGCCGCGCCGCAGGGAUCGCCGCUCCGUGGAGGGGCUGCGCGGCGAGGGGGUCACAGGGGCUGCGCGGGCCGCGCUCGAGGGGAAGGAGGUGGAGGCGCUGCGGGCCGCGUGGGGGCAGUGCGUGGACAAGAUCGACUCUAUCUGUGGCGGGGGAGAGCUGGGAGGAUGGGCGCCCUAG